AUGCCUAGCUAUGCAAAGUUCUUGAAGGACAUAUUAUCAAAUAAACGCAAGCUAGGGGAUCACGAGACAGUAAUGCUAAUAGAGGAAUAUAGCACCAGAAUUCAGAAAAAGGUCCCACCAAAAUUGAAAUAUCCAGGGAGUUUUACUGUUCCUUGCACGAUUAGUGAAAAACUUGGCUUGGGAAAGGCUAAGACAACUACUGUAACGCUGCAGCUGGCUGACAGAGCUUUAAUCGACGUUCAGAACAAGCAGUUAAUUUUGAGACUGGGAGAAGAACAGAUCUCGUUUAAUGUCUUCAAGAUAAUGAAACUACCUACAGAGACAGAUAGAUGUUUCCAGAUCGAUGUGAUUGACAAGGUGGUCCAAGACUCAUUCUUCCUACAUAACCGAUCAGAUACGUAUGAAGGUUGCAUUGUACAUUCGCAGUCAACGCAGUCUGAUUCAGUGGAGAUGGAAACAUGUGCAAAAUUUUUGGACACUAACCCACCGUACACACGCAAAAGAUAUUUUGAGGAGCUAGGAACAGAACCCACAAAACCACUACCGUCCAUUCAGCAUCUACGAAAAUUGGAACUCAAGCAAUUACCACCUCAUCUCAGAUAUGCAUACUUGGGAAAGUCAUGUACACUUCAUGUGAUCAUCUCUAACAUAGUCAGUAAAGUGGAAGAGGAGAAACUGCUUAGAGUACUUAGGGAGAAUAAGACGGCAAUUGGAUGGAUCAUAGUAGAUAUCAAAGGGAUCAGCCCUUCACUGUACAUGCAUAAGAUUCUCAUGGAAGAGAAUUUUCGGCCAACCAUAGAGAGUCAGCGAAGGUUGAACCCAAAUAUGAAGAAAGCGGUUAGAGCAGAGUGCAGCAACAAAGAAAGAUCACUUUUCUCUUCUGUUUAUAGACCAAAUGCUGGAAAGAUUAGCAAGCCACUCACAUUACUAACUCAUCGACGGUAUUCAAGUUACAAUCAAGUACUAGUGGCACCAGACGAUCAAGAGAAAAUGAUAUUCACUUGCCCUUAUGGUACUUUCGCAUACCGCAGAAUGCCUUUCCACCUUUACAAUGCCCCAGCCACAUUUCAACGAUGUAUGAUGGCGAUUUUUUCAGACAUUGUAGAGAAAUUUAUAGAGAUAUUUAUGGAUGACUUCUCGGUCUUCGGGUCUUCGUCUGACGAGUGUUUAGAACACUUAAAUUUGGUAUUACAGAGAUGCAGGGAAACCAAUUUAGUAUUGAACUGA